ACUCCCCACCUUUGGAGCUUCCCGGGUUAAAGUGAUUUUAACCGAGCUACAUCUGGGGAGUGGUGGGGGGCGGGUCCGCUUUCCGGGUGACUCAAGUCUUUGCUAUUUGCCUUUUGUUUCUAGGAUGCUUUGGCCGCUUUCUCUUCCAUCUGCUUUUAAUUUUGGUAGGAGAAAAGCUAAUGAAUCAGGAAUGAAUCUCCUCUCCACUAAUCUCUCUGUCUCUCAAAGUUGGCGCGCUCUCUUCACAAGUCCCAUCACUACCCAAGAAGUGAGGGGGCGGGACAGGCGGGAAGGCAUUAAUUACACCUAAAUCUGAAGUUUGCGGCCUCAGGUACCACUUUGAAAGAAAGUUUCUGAAGCUUCCAUACAACCUGCUGUGCGUUUGCUGCUGCCGCCGCUGUAGAUUUUCAGCUCAUUUCUUUCUGCUGCUGCUUCGCGCUUCUCUGUCCUGCCUAAAUCUAUCUCGUCACUGCCAAAGGUGCCCGAAUCAAGGUGAAUUCCACGAGAUUCACCAGCGGUUUUGCUCCAGUCCAAGGAGGAGGCGCGCAGCCCAGUUCCCCUAGUCUCUCUUCUUAAAUCCCUCUACCUACGGCAGCCGAGGUUGGCCGCGCGGCAAGAGUCCCCCGACAGUCCUGGCCCUCCCCCGCCCCCCGGUUGGUUUUUCCCAGCUGCGGAGGUUGGGAGGCUGGGCCAGGGGCUGCGGUGCGAGGAGAAUCUGCGCCCGUAGCGCGGAGCCGGGAAGUCGUCGCGACUCUGGUGGAACUCGGAGUUGGCUCUGGAGGCGGCGGCGCGGAGGUCCCUUAGAGGAUCCAGCGAGGGGCGCCAACGAGAGGCGAGGAAGUGCCACCGGGGCAGCGGCAGGAAGAGGUGCGGGAGCAGGAGCGCGCAGCCGAGUGUCCCGACCCACCGCCGUGCGUACUUUCUUGAGGGAGGGGGCGGGGGAACCGGCCCGGAGGGGAGCGCCCGGUGGCGAGGGGGUUAGCCAAGUUCCGGCCGCGGCGCCCCUCCCUCGCUCCCACGAGAGGAAAGUUUUCUCCUGUCGUUUCCGCCAGCUCGCGCUCUCCCGGCCCAGUCUCCGACUUCGGGGCGGGCGCCGUCCCAGCCCAGCUCCUCGGAAACGCGAGCCGCGAUGCCGGGAGGGUGUUCCCGGGGCCCCGCCGCCGGAGACAGGCGGCUGCGGUUGGCGCGACUGGCACUGGUCCUGCUGGGCUGGGUCUCCUCGUCUUCUCCCACCUCCUCAGCAUCGUCCUCCUCCUCCUCGGCGCCGUUCCUGGCUUCCGCCGUGUCCGCUCAGCCCCUGCUGCCCGGCCAGUGCCCCGCGCUGUGCGAGUGCUCCGAGGCGGCGCGCACAGUCAAGUGCGUUAACCGCAAUCUGACCGAGGUGCCCACGGACCUGCCCCCCUACGUGCGCAACCUCUUCCUUACGGGCAACCAGCUGGCCGUGCUCCCUGCCGGCGCCUUCGCCCGCCUGCCGCCGCUGGCCGAGCUGGCCGCGCUCAACCUCAGCGGCAGCCGCCUGGAGGAGGUGCAUGCGGGCGCCUUCGCGCAUCUGCCCAGCCUGCGCCAGCUCGACCUCAGCCACAACCCUCUGGCCGUCCUCAGCCCCUUCGCUUUCUCAGGCAGCAAUGCCAGCAUGUCGGCCCCCAGUCCUCUUGUGGAACUGAUCCUGAACCACAUCGUGCCCCCUGAAGAUGAGCGGAAUAACCGGAGCUUCGAGGGCAUGGUGGUGGCGGCCCUGCGGGCGGGCGGUGCACUACAUGGGCUCCACCGCCUGGAGCUGGCCAGCAACCACUUCCUUUACCUGCCGCGGGACGUGGUGGCCCAACUUCCCAGCCUCAGGUACCUAGACUUAAGUAACAAUUCGCUGGUAAGCUUGACCUAUGUGUCCUUCCGCAACCUGACACAUCUAGAAAGCCUCCACCUGGAAGACAAUGCCCUCAAGGUCCUUCACAAUGGCACCCUGGCUGAGUUGCAAGGUCUGCCCCACGUCAGGGUCUUCCUGGACAACAAUCCCUGGGUGUGCGACUGUCACAUGGUAGACAUGGUGGCCUGGCUCAAGGAGACAGAGGUAGUGCAAGGCAAAGACCAGCUCACCUGUGCAUUUCCGGAAAAAAUGAGGAAUCGGGUUCUCUUGGAACUCAACAGUGCUGACCUGGACUGUGACCCUAUUCUUCCCCCAUCCCUGCAAACCUCUUAUGUCUUCCUGGGUAUUGUUUUAGCCUUGAUAGGCGCUAUUUUCCUCCUGGUUUUGUAUCUGAACCGCAAGGGGAUAAAAAAGUGGAUGCAUAACAUCAGAGAUGCCUGCAGGGAUCACAUGGAAGGGUAUCAUUACAGAUAUGAAAUCAAUGCGGACCCCAGGUUAACAAACCUCAGUUCUAACUCGGAUGUCUGAGAAAUAUUAGAGGACAGCCCAAGGACCACUCUGCAUGAGGUGUAGACUUAAGCUUUAUCCCUACUAGGCUUGCUCCACUUUUAUCCUCUAUAGACACCGCUGACUUUGACCAAAAGCAGUGAAAGGGGAUUUGCUUCCUUGUCAUGUAAAGUUUCUUGGUGUAUUCUGUUAACGUAAGGCGAUGAACAACUGUGUAGAAUGUUUUACUCUCUUUUGCUUGGAACUCCUUACGCGUGUGGAGGGGUUUUUCAGGUUUCAGCAUGAACAUGGACUCCUUGCUGUCUGUCUCUCUCUUAGUACAGUUCAAGGUGUAGCAAGUGUACCCACACAGAUAGCAUUCAACAAAAGCUGCCUCAACUUUUUGAGAAAAAUACUUUAUUAUCAGUUUUAUUCUCAUGUGCCUAAGUUGUGGAGAAAAUAAUUGCAUCCCAUAAACUGCCUGCAGACGUUAGCAAGCUCUUCAAAAUAACUCCAUAGUACACAGGAGCAUCUGCAUCCAGGAGCAUGCUUACAUUUUACUGUUCUGCAUAUUACAAAAAAUAACUUGCAACUUCAGAUAACUUCUGAAAAUUAAAAAAAACUAAAUUGCUUUUUUGAUUGCAGUUUAUAUGAGACUGUACUGAAGUUUUUUGUUUUUUUUUAAUAAACUGCAUCGAGAUCCAACAGACUGAAUUGUUAAAAAAUAAAGAUUCUUAAAAGAA